CUCUAAUUACUCUUUUCUUGUCCACAGUUUUCUAUUUUUCAUUCUCCUCCUUCACCCCCAAUUUUGCCCAGAGUCUUGUCGUCGAGUGGCUCGGCUCGGCUCGGCUCAGCUGCUGCUUGUUUGUCCAGAUUCGGCCAAGCAGCGGAUGCGGAUGCCGACAUGGUGUGAUUGACGGGUGAUUCGCACUGCUCCGACGAACUAAAUGUCGCAGAAUCAGCUGCAGAGUGGCAACGCCGGUAUUCCAGUGCACGAGGUCUACUGGGCGCUGGUGGCCAAGGCCGACAAGAAGUUCUCCAAGAUCCGGGACUUGCCGUACUAUCAACGCACUAGAUAUGAUACAUACUUCUAUAAAGUCUUUAAGGUCUAUACCCAACUUUGGAAGUUUCAGCAAGAGAAUCGGCAGAAAUUGGUGGAUGCUGGGUUAAAGAGGUGGGAGAUCGGGGAGAUUGCCUCCCGUAUUGGGCAGCUUUAUUUUGGACAGUACAUGAGGACUAGUGAGGCCACCUAUUUGUCGGAAUCUUAUAUAUUUUAUGAGGCAAUCCUGACAAGAGAGUAUUUUAAGGAUGGGCUGCAUCAGGAUUUGAGUCUUGCCACUAAGCAGUUGAGGCUUAUUGCUCGCUUUCUGACCGUUUGUUUGGUCUUGAACCGGCGUGAAAUGGCUUAUCAGUUGGUGAAUCAACUCAAAAUGUUACUUGAUGAAUGCAAAAGAACCUUCCAGGAAACUGACUUUAAAGAAUGGAAGCUCGUGAUACAGGAAAUAGUUAAAUUCCUGAAAGCUGACACAACUUUUAUGAAUAUCAGGCCUUUGAGGUAUAGCGUGGUUUUGGAUCUUCACCCAGAUUGUCUUCCACAACUUACAAGUGCAAAGAGAAAGUUAAGAUUAAGAGAUGCUUUAUUGUGCAGUUACCAUCCUAAUGAGGUCAAGUUCUCUGAGCUCACUCUCGACACUUUUAGGAUGUUACAAUGUUUAGAAUGGGAACCCAGCGGUUCAUUUUACCAGGAAAGCAUGGGUCCGUCAAGUGGACCUGUAUCUGGUGCCAGUCAAAAUGGAGCCUCAGGGCCAAGUCGUGUGAAUCAAGAUAUAACUGAUCCUACUUUGCCACCCAAUCCUCGGAAAGCUAUUUUAUUUCGGCCGUCAGUUACCCAUUAUAUGGCAGUUUUAGGGACUGUGUGUGAGGAACUUCCUCCUGAUGGGGUUCUCUUAAUAUACCUUUCAGUUUCAGGAAACAGGGAACACACAAUGCCAUCUCCCUAUGCUGGAAGUUCAAUUAGUUAUACCGAGAGCAUCACCAGGAGCUUUCAGUUUCAUUCCAUCAACCCUGACUCGAGCUCUACUGUUCCCAUUAUCUCUGGAUCUGAUGCCCCAGAUCAUUCAGGUCAUGCAGCUGAUUGCUUACAAAUUGGGCCCCGUGGACAUGGAGGUAUAAAUUGCCUAUAUCCAUCUGAUUUGCUGCCAUUCACAAGGCGGCCCCUAUAUUUGGUUGUUGACAGCGAAAAUAGUAAAGCAUUCAAGGUUCUAAGCGGCACUGAAAAAGGAGAACCUGUUGCGAUGCUGCUAUCUCCAACCGUGCCACUACCAUUUCCUUCUGUAGAAUCCUCUCGCCAACCCAGUGGAAGUUUGUUUACGAGCUUUCUUACGGCUCCUCUGCAGACAUUCAUUCUCUUGCUGGGGUUCACUGGAUCGGAUAUUGAAAAGGAUCUGUACAAAGAAGCUGAGAAGCUGCUUUUGUCCUCAUUCAACAAAUUGGGGUCAUUAUUGGCUGCCGCUGAUGACCUUGAUCCUACAUGGGCACAAAUUUUAACCGAUCCGUUCUUGAGGCGACUCCUUUUAAGAUUUAUAUUCUGCCGAGCAAUACUUUCUCUGUAUUCCUCAUCUUCGGGCAAGACAGAAUUCCAACCUGAGUGCGCCCCUCUACUCCCAGAAGCUGUGUCGCCAAAGAGCUCCACGUGCAAGACAGUCAUCUUGGAAUUAUCGAACCUGUUCGGAGCUACCCGGCAGUUCGUGUUCGGAGAGGGAGCAGUGUUGUCUGGUAAUUGAAACAAAAUGAAAUUCAUUAUGAGUAAGAGAAAAAAUAGGAUGUAAGAUGUUAUUUAUAAUCAAUGCCCUGGGAAUGAAUAUGUGUUGUGUCGGUGGUUUGUUCUUUGUUGAUCCUUUCAUGUUGUGUUGCAUUUGCAUUUCAUUUGUGUGUUUCCAUAUGCUGGUAAGUAAAAUAUAGGGCUUGUUACUUUUA